AUGGAUUCAGGGGAUGGCUCUGGUCCAAAACAGAGGAGAACUAGACAACAGUUUUUGAAAUAUUGUGUUGAUUUUAUUGAGAAAAGAAACAGGUCCUGUCAAAAUGGUAAUCUUACUCCAUCUUCUUCGACUUGUUCCGUGAAUAUUGGAAAAGAGGGUGUGAGUUGUGGGAGAAAAAGAAAAAUGGCAGUCUCAGAAGGUGAUAAGAGGAAAAUGGGAAAAUGGUCAGAAGAUGCAAGAAAGUUAAGAAAAGGGAAGAAAAAAGUGGAUAAUGGGAGGAGGUGCAAGUUCAGUCCAGGAACUUGUGAGUCUAUCAUGGAACGGAUUUUCGUCGAGGAAAUACCUGAUGAUGAUGAUACGGAUGAUUCGGAGGAUGAUUCUGAUGAUGUUGUUAUCAUUGAAGAAGAGGAGGGUGUAAAUACUGAAUCAGGUUCAGGAUGGUGGUCGAAUACGGGCUUAAAGAGUAAUAUGUUGAAUGCAAAAGAUCAGGAGGUUGUUUCAUCUACCUCAAGCAUGUGUGGUAGGACACCGGGGAAAUCGGAGGAAGUGGAUACUGAUAGCACCUCAUGUUCUGAGUCUGAGUCGGAUUCCGAAGCUUCAAGUGAUGAGGAUAAUGAUGACCCUGAAGAUAAGAAUUACAGGUUGAUUGAGUCAUCAAGUUCUAGCCAAUAUGAUGAUGUAAUAAGUGAUUUUGAUGAUACGGAAUCAGAAGAUGAAAAGAAUGAAGAAGGAGAAAAAGAGUCGAAUGAGGGGUUAGUACCUGAGCUUGUUGCUGAGAGUGAAAAGCAGAAGAAAGGCGGAGCAAAUGUUCUUCGUGCACGUUCACUUUCUAAGUCGAAAAAAAAGAAAUUAAACAAUGGAAAUGAUAGUAGUAGCCCAAUUCUUCUUACUGAUGAGGAGGAGUUUGAUGAGGUGGGGUCUGAUGGCGAGGAGUCUAAAUCUGAAGAGGAAUGCGAGGUUGAUGACUCGGUGAAGAAUGUUGUUCAAAAGGAUGUUGUUCGAAAGGAUAGGAGGACUGGAAAGAAGAUUCUUGAAGAUUCUGAAUUUAUGAAGUUUGUUGUUGAUUCUAUCAUAAAUGUUGAUGAUCAUGAUAAACUUACUCCUUUUGAAGAGAAGGAACAGGUUCCUGUCAAGGAAACACUUCCUUUAGUAUUUCGGUUUGAAGACGAGGAUGAACCUCCUCCCCCUGAGAAAGAAGAAUGGGAAAAGGAAGUUGAAAAUCUUUUUGCUGAAAUGCAGAUGUGUAUCUUAGAGUCAGAUAUUGGCUUUACAAAUCCAUCCGUUUCGCCGAUGCAGAGUGGAGAUUUAAGUAACUGUCAGAUGGGAAACCACCAACUUGUUCUAGAUGAACAAAUUGGACUCGUCUGUAAAGUUUGUUCCUAUGUGCAUUUGGAGAUCAAGUACAUCUUCCCUUCUUUUGCUCAGAGAACUCGAGGGAGGUAUGAAAGAAAACAUUUAGGACAGUCGCCAUCACUCUUGGAUGUUGGUGGCUUCAGAUUUUCUGAUUCUUCUGCAGUCCAAGAUUCUAUGAUUAAUGAAGAAGGAACUGUGUGGGAUUUAGUUCCCCCAAGUGCCAAAUCAACAAUGUAUCCUCAUCAACGUGGUGGAUUUGAGUUUAUGUGGAAAAACGUUGCUGGAGAUAUAAAUCUCGAAAGGCUGAGACAGCCCCUAUCUGAUAGCAAAGGAGGAUGCAUAAUCUCACAUCCACCUGGCACCGGGAAAACCCGUCUCACCAUAGUAUUUCUUCAGUCAUAUUUGAAGCUGUUUCCAAAGUCUCGACCUGUAAUCAUAGCUCCUUCCAGUUUGCUGCUUAACUGGGAAGCUGAGUUCCAGAAAUGGGAGGUGGACAUUCCCUUCCACAACUUGAACAGCAAAGAUUUCUCUUUACAGGAAGAUGAAGCUACUGUGAGUGUCUUUCGCUGUUUAUCCCAUGCUGGAAAGAGAAAUCCACACCUUAUACGAAUGGUGAAGCUGGGAUCAUGGGUUAAAGGUAAGAGUGUUUUGGGGAUCAGCUAUGACUUGUUCAGGAUUCUUACUGGAGAUGAUGGAGACGGUUACGCUAAACCGAUUAGAGAAAUCCUUCUUAAAUAUCCUGGUCUUCUGGUCCUUGAAGAAGGGCACACUGCUCGGAAUGAGCAAAGCCUUGUCUGGAAAGCUUUGAAAAAGGUUGAAACAGAGAAGCGCAUAGUUUUGUCUGGAACUCCUUUCCAGAAUAACAUCAAGGAGUUAUACAACACUCUUUGUGUAGUCAGUCCAAAGUUUGCUGCAGAUUUGGAGCAGAAAUGGGCUUCUCUUAGCAGUUCCAUUGACAAGAAUGCCCGAGCAUUGGAAGAGCUUAGGGAUAUUAUUUCACCACUUGUCCAUAAGUGUAGUGAAAAUGUAAAGAAGGUAAGCCUUCCGGGUAUAAGGGACACUGUAAUUCACUUGAAACCCACAGAUUUGCAGAAGGAGUUGCUUAGAAGGAUUCCAGAGAAUCCAAGCUCCUUUUAUGAACAAAAUCUGGUGUCUCUUAUCUCUGUUCAUCCUUCAUUAGUGGCCAAGAGGAAGGAGUUCUCUGACUUAGAAAGUCAGCUAACAGAAAGAGGCUGUCGGUUGGAUCCAGAUACCGGAGUAAAAAUGAAAUUUGUUGUUGAGCUUAUCAGACUUUGCGGUGGGCGGAAGGAGAGGGUUAUAAUAUUUAGCCAGUUACUUGAUCCUCUAAACCUGAUCAAGGAGCAACUCAAUUCUCUCUUUGGCUGGACUUUAGGUCGGGAGAUUCUCUAUAUGGAUGGGAAACUUGAUGUGAAGCAGCGGCAGAUAUCUAUAAAUUCUCUUAAUGACCCUAAGAGUGAUGUAAAAGUGCUUCUUGCAUCCAUAAAAGCCUGUUCAGAAGGAAUAAGUCUGAUAGGGGCCUCAAGAGUGGUUUUGCUUGACGUUCUCUGGAAUCCCUCAGUAGAACAGCAAGCCAUCAGUCGAGCUUACAGGAAUGGGCAGACCAAAUUUGUGCAUGUUUACUGUCCAGUAACAUCAAAAUGGGAGGUUGACAAGAUUGAACAGCAGACGAGAAAAAAGUACCAUUCAGAUGUUCUUUUGUCUAGGGAUCAUGAAGCCAAGAUGGAUCCUUCAUGUUCUGUGUCAGAGGAUAACAUACUAGAUUCUAUGGUUGAGCAUGAGGGCCUCCGUCAUAUUUUUGAAAAGCUCUCUCAUGCACCACGUGUGGUGCCGCCUACAACAUGCCUUGAUUCGUCUAACCAACCUCCAAAACCAAGCAGUUAG